AUGGCAGUAACGAAAAUCAUUUUCCUGGACAUUCUAACCGUUCUUCCAGUGCCUACUUCACCAAACACAUGGAAAGUUAGGCUUACGCUCAACUACAAAGAACUCGCCUACGGAACAAAAUGGGUCGAAACGACUGACAUCGAAUCCGUUUGCAAAUCACUCGGAAUACCACCUACAAGCAUGCUCCCAGACGGGACACCAAAAUAUACACUCCCAGCACUAAUUGAUAACACUUUCACCCCUCCUGCCGUGCUCUCAGACUCGAAUCCUAUAAUCGAGUACCUCGAGCGCACAUAUACAGACCCAGAUUCUUCUCGUGCAGUCUGUCCUCCUGCAAGCCGCUCCCUCCAUGCCAUCUUCGAAUAUCACGUUGCUCAGUCCAUAACGGCACAGUUGUUACCUGUCAUGGUCAUGCACAUGUACGACAAGAAGACCCCACGGGAUCGCAUCCACUUCCGUCGACGUACCGAAGCGGCAUUUGGGAAAAAACUCGAAGAUAUCGAGCUCAAGGGCAAAGAUCGCGAGGAACAGUGGAAUAAAAUUGAACGCGCGUUUGACCUGCUUGCAACAUCUAUGCGGGCAAGAAGUGGCGCAGGCGAAUUAUUCACGGGAUCAAAUCUAUCUUUAGCAGACUGUACCUUAGGAGGUCUUUUGCUAGCUUUGCGCUACGAUAGCCCGGACGAAGCUUGGAUGAAGGUAUCAUCUUGGAGCAAUGGGAAAUGGAUACGUUACAUGGCUGCAUUGUCGAAAUGGACAGCUGUAGAGUAA